UUGACCCCGGCAAGAGAAAUUUCAAAAAAGUAAAUGGAGAACAAUGUCAAGUACAGUACUUGAAUGCGAGCAUGAAAGAUUUGUAUUCAAAAUUUUCUGCAGAGAAGUCAUUCAUAGUAAGUUAUUCAACUUUUUGUAAGUAUCGUCCAGUAAACUGCAUUGCUCCAAAAGUGAAUGAGCGAGAUACCUGUGCUUGUAUCACCCAUGUCAACUUUGAAUUUAUUCAAAAAGUUCUACAUGCAAAGAAGAUAAUUCAAGAAAAUUCAACCUAUAAAUUAGUAGAGAGUUUAGUGUGUAAUAACAGAAGUACCGAUUGCUUUUCAAGAACAUGUGAUAAAUGCAAGAGUAAGGAAAUUGUAUUUUGUAUCAUAUUGAUCUGGCUCAAGAGUUAAAUUACUCAAAAUGGGUAAACAAAAAAGAGACUCGUGUGAGUGCCAAGACUAAGAAGAAUAUACUAGUCAACAUAACUCGUACAGAAACUUUCACUAGUAGUAUUAAUGACAUUAUAAAGUUAUUCAAAAGUGAAUUAAUUUUAUUUUUGUCUCAUGAACAACGAGUUUUCCAUCAAGGAAAUUAUUUUAAUCAAUUGACUGAAUCAUUAAAUAAAGAAGAAUGUGUUGUACUAAUGGAUUUCAGUGAAAACUAUAUGUGCAAAUAUAGUACUGAAGUACACUCUGUGCACUUUGGUGCCAGCAGACAGCAAGUAACACUUCAUACCGGAAUGUUCUACAGUGAAUCAUUUUCAAAUGGAUUUGCUACGGCAUCAGAAAGUUUAAGGCAUGACGCUGUUGCUGUUUUGGCUCAUGUGUUCGAUAUUUUGGAUCACUUCUUGUCUGACUUGCCAUUUAUAAACACAGUUAACUUCAAGAGUGAUGGUCCUACAAACCAAUACAAAAACAAGACAUUAUUUUUUCUUAUCACUCAAGUUUUACCCCAACGGUAUGCACAGAUAAGAAAAAUAACCUACAACUAUAGUGAGUCUGGUCAUGGUAAAGGGCCUGCUGAUGGCAUUGGUGGAGCUUUAAAACGUCUAGCUGAUGACCAAGUUAAAUAUGGAAGAGAUGUUUCUAAUUUUGAUGCUUUUCUUUCUAUAAUUAAAGAGAAGUCAAAAAAGAUUUAUAUUUCUUCGAUAACUGAAGUAGACAUUUCAAAAGUAGAAAAUCAAGUGUCGAAUGAAAUCAAAUGUUAUAAUGGUACCCGACAAAUGUACCAAUUUACUUGGAGAGUAGAAAAUUCUACUAAAAUUUAUUUUAACAAACUCAGCUGCUUGAUUUGCCUACCAGGUGAAAAAUGUCGACAUUUUUUCCUUGGAACUAUGGAGUACAUGGAAAAUGCUGCGGUGCCAGUCAAAGAAAAACCCAAAGUUCAGGAGAAAAAAAUAAAAAAAGAUGCUAUAUACACCAAAGAAACAACUCUGAACGAAUCUACUGUGGCAACGACUGCAUCAUUAUCUAUAAGUUCCAGAAGAAGUUCAAGGGUGCCGGUAGCAAAAUCAGAUGAUCAAUAUCAUUUUUAUUAAAUCAAAAUUAAAAUAAAAUAACAUG